UCCUCACACUUCUUUUCUCUCUCUCUCUCUCUCCAUUUCUGUCACUGCAUACGCUUGAGCUAGCCAUGGCAGCCUCUACUUCUUCCUUCAUAGCAAACCAAUCUUUCUCUCCAUUCCUUAAAACUCCAAGAUCAAUCCCCAGUUACAGAAAACAGUUGUGUAUAAGAGCAUCUGCAGGCCAACCAGAUGAUCAAGAUGAUGGGAAAAAGAUGAUGAUAAGAAAGGAGAAGGAUGGCUGGAAAAUUGAAUUUUCGAAGGAAAAACCAGCCACACCAUUGCUGGAUACAAUCAAUUACCCUGUUCACAUGAAGAACCUCUCUGUCCAGGAUCUUGAGCAACUAGCGGCAGAACUUAGAGCAGAUAUUGUACACAGUGUAUCAAAAACAGGGGGCCACUUGAGUUCAAGCUUAGGAGUCGUCGAGCUAUCAGUGGCUCUGCAUCAUGUGUUCAACACCCCCGACGAUAAAAUCAUAUGGGAUGUGGGUCAUCAGGCAUAUCCACAUAAAAUUCUAACAGGAAGAAGAUCUAAAAUGCAUACCAUGAGGAAAACUUCAGGGCUCGCAGGAUUUCCUAAGAGAGAUGAGAGCGUUCAUGAUGCUUUUGGUGCUGGACAUAGUUCAACAAGCAUAUCUGCUGGUCUUGGAAUGGCAGUUGCCAGAGAUCUGUUAGGGAAGAACAACCAUGUCAUCUCAGUAAUUGGAGAUGGAGCCAUGACAGCAGGACAAGCAUAUGAAGCCAUGAAUAAUGCGGGAUAUCUUGAUUCUAAUCUAAUUGUUAUAUUAAAUGACAAUAAGCAAGUGUCGUUGCCCACUGCUACUCUUGAUGGCCCUGCAACUCCUGUUGGCGCCCUUAGCAGCGCUUUGACCAAGAUCCAAGCAAGCACCAAAUUCCGCAAGCUUCGUGAAGCUGCAAAAAGCAUCACAAAACAAAUUGGUGGACAAACACAUCAGGUUGCAGCAAAGGUAGAUGAGUACGCAAGGGGAAUGAUCAGUGCUUCCGGGUCUACUCUCUUUGAGGAGUUGGGCUUAUAUUAUAUUGGUCCAGUGGAUGGGCACAGCAUCGAAGACUUGGUCACCAUAUUUCAAAAAGUAAAAGCAAUGCCUGCUCCAGGACCAGUUCUGAUUCACAUUGUGACAGAGAAAGGGAAGGGAUAUCCCCCGGCUGAGGCAGCAGCAGAUAAAAUGCAUGGUGUUGUCAAGUUUGAUGUUGAAACGGGGAAACAAUUCAAGCAAAAGUCCUCCACACUUUCAUAUACACAGUACUUCGCUGAAGCUCUGAUCAAAGAAGCUGAAGUAGACAACAAGAUCGUAGCCAUUCAUGCUGCAAUGGGAGGUGGGACUGGUCUCAAUUAUUUCCAGAAGAGGUUCCCGGAUCGCUGCUUUGAUGUGGGUAUUGCUGAGCAACAUGCCGUUACAUUUGCAGCUGGUUUAGCCACGGAAGGACUCAAGCCAUUCUGUGCUAUCUACUCAUCAUUUCUGCAACGAGGAUAUGAUCAGGUGGUACACGAUGUCGACCUGCAAAAAUUACCAGUCCGUUUUGCCAUGGAUCGAGCUGGUUUGGUAGGUGCAGAUGGACCCACCCAUUGUGGAGCAUUUGAUAUCACAUACAUGGCUUGCUUGCCCAACAUGGUGGUCAUGGCUCCAUCUGAUGAAGCUGAGCUGAUGCACAUGGUUGCCACCGCAGCAGCCAUAGACGACAGACCCAGUUGCUUCAGGUUCCCAAGGGGCAAUGGGAUUGGAGUAGCUCUUCCUCCUAAUAAUAAAGGAACUACACUUGAGAUUGGAAAGGGGAGAAUACUGAUGGAAGGAAAUAGAGUUGCAAUUUUGGGAUAUGGUUCAAUAGUUCAACAAUGUGUAGAAGCUGCUGGAAUGCUCAGAACCAGAGACAUUUAUGUAACAGUUGCUGAUGCAAGAUUCUGCAAACCAUUAGAUACAGAUCUUAUCAGGCGAUUGGCUAAGGAGCAUGAAUUCCUAAUUACAGUGGAAGAGGGUUCUAUUGGAGGUUUUUGUUCGCAUGUAUCCCACUUCCUGAGUCUAAACGGAAUUCUGGAUGGACCGCUCAAGUUGAGAUCAAUGGUUCUUCCUGACAGAUACAUUGACCAUGGAUCACCUCUAGACCAGAUUCAAGAAGCAGGGCUCUCGUCAAACCAUAUUGCUGCAACAGUCUUAUCUCUCUUGGGGAAGCCAAAAGAAGCUCUUCAGUUCAAAUGAAGUGAUAAAAAAGACCAGACAGGGUGUUCGCUCAAGAGAGUAGCAAAUAAUCUUACACAUCACUGAAAAGUUAAUGUACGAGCGCAACUCAGGAAUUCCAAAUUUGGAAUAUUAAUGUACAAAGGUUCCCAAAUGAUUCAAUUGAGUUUUGAGUCAUCA